CUCCCCCCCCUGUCCUCCAGGUGGGCCGGGCUCAGGGAAGGCUGUGCAGUGUGAGAGGAUGGAGGAGAGGUUCGGGCUGCGUCGUCUGUCUCCUGGUGACAUCCUGUGUUCUGAACUACAAUCUCAUAGUGAGAGAGGACGUUACCUACAAGACCUGCUGGAGAGGGGGCAGAUUCUACCUGAGGACACGAUGCUGGAGCUGCUAUGUGAGUGUGUGACGUUAUCUCUGCGGCACGGGAGGGGCGUACUCGUAACCAACUUCCCCCGAGACCUACGACAAGCUCUGGAGUAUGAAGCUAAGAUGGGGGAGCCCAGUGCUGUGGUGCUGUUGGACUGUUCCCCUGACACUAUGUUCUCCAGGCUACAGUGUCCUGUCCUGUCCCGCUCCGCCCCCCAAGCCACAGGCAGCCACCAAGAGAGAGACAGACACAACAGCAGGAGGGUAGAGGGAUUCAACAGCAACUGCCAACCUGUGACAUCACACUACCAACCCAAGAGGCUCCUACACAAGAUUGAUGCCGAGAGGUCUCCUGAAGAGGUGUUUGCUCAGAUCUGUCAGGCCAUGGACUCCUGCUAGAGGAACCCACGCAUCUCUACAUCAUCACUACCACCGCCCCAGAGAUCUAACUACUACCACCACCCCAGAGGUCUAUCUACUACCACCACCCCAGAGGUCUAUCUACUACCACCGCCCCAGAGGUCUAACUACUACCACCACCCCAGAGGUCUAUCUACUACCACCGCCCCAGAGGUCUAUCUACUACCACCGCCCCAGAGGUCUAUCUACUACCACCACCCCAGAGGUCUAACUACUACCACCGCCCCAGAGGUCUAACUACUACCACCACCCCAGAGGUCUAACUACUACCACCGCCCCAGAGAUCUAUCUACUACCACCACCCCAGAGAUCUAUCUACUACCACCACCCCAGAGGUCUAUCUACUACCACCACCCCAGAGGUCUAUCUACUACCACCACCCCAGAGGUCUAUCUACUACCACCACCCCAGAGGUCUAACUACUACCACCGCCCCAGAGGUCUAACUACUACCACCACCCCAGAGGUCUAACUACUACCACCACCCCAGAGGUCUAUCUACUACCACCAACCCAGAGAUCUAACUACUACCACCACCCCAGAGGUCUAUCUACUACCACCACCCCAGAGGUCUAUCUACUACCACCACCCCAGAGGUCUAACU